GCUUGGGACCAGUGGGGCGACUCGUGUCCCCCUUUGCCAGCAUCCCUGGAAACCGUGGAGGAGACGUUCGCCUGCAUCCAUCGCAUGCAGCGGGCAGCCCUCAACUACUUCAUCCGCCAGUGGUAUCAGCGAAUCGAGUCUCUGGCUGUGCGGGCCGGCCGUUGCGCAGAGAGCAACAGCGGCAAGGCGGUCCUUGCCGUCCUCGACCUCCUGGACCGCGUCCUUUGCAUGGUCAAGAUGGAGCCCUGCUUCGAAACCCGGGGCAGAUACGACCGUGCGCUGCAAGCCCCCUGCGCAAAGCUCGCGGAGACUGGCUUGAUCUCUUGCAGCGAAAUGCAGGAUCUCCGGCAGGUCCCCGAAAACCUCUUCGCGACAUUGGAAG